AAAAAAGAAAAUUCUGAGAGCUAACUAGCUACUAGUGUGUGUGAGAGAUGGAAAUUACCAGCAUGAAUGGUGGUGAUAAUCAGUAUAGCUAUGUCAAAUACUCCUUACUUCAGAGAAUAGGGGUGGAUUCGUCAAAGGUGAUGAUUGAGGAAGCAAUUGCAGACAAGCUUGACAUCCAAGACUUGAAAAACUCAUUUGAAACCUUCCGCAUCGCGGAUUUUGGUUGCUCUGUUGGCCCCGAUACGUUCAUCGCAGUGCAUAAUAUAAUCCAAGCCUUGGAUCUUAAAUACAACUCUCGAUACCAUCAAACUGCCGGUGGCCUUGUAUCUUCUGAUAACACUACUACUCCUGAAUAUCAUGUCUCAUUCAGUGACAAUACUUUCAAUGAUUUCAACACCCUCUUUGCGUCCCUUCCAGAAAGAAAAUACUUAGUUUCAGGCGUACCGGGGUCUUUCUACAAUCGUUUAUUUCCACGUGACUCGCUCCAUUUUGUUCACACAUCUUUUGCACUUCAUUUUCUCUCAGGGGUGCCUAAAGAGGUAGUAGAUAUCAAUUCUCCUGCAUGGAACAAAGGGAGAAUUCAUUAUACAAAUGCACCAAACGAAGUUGUAGCAGCUUAUACAGCUCAACAUGCUGUAGAUAUGAAAGCCUUCCUUUGUGCGCGUGCACAAGAAAUUGUCUGUGGAGGUUUAAUGGUAAUGCUGAUUCCUGCUAUUCCAGAUGGAACCUCACCUUCUCUCAGCCAUCCUGGAAUACUCAGUGAUCUUUUGGGUUCUUGUCUCAUGGACAUGGCCAAGAUGGGAUUAGUUGAUGAAGAUAAGGUGGAUUUAUUCAACUUGCCGGUGUACUCAACAUCACCUAAGGAGGUAAAAGAUGCAGUUGAGAAUAAUGGAUGCUUUAGCAUCGAGCGAAUGGAAACAACUCUAGUACCUCCAUCAGUGAUGGAUAUUGGAGCUAGUAAUAUUGCAGAAAUAUAUAACGACCAUGUAAGAGCAGUUGGAGAAGGGAUUAUCAAAGAAUACUUUGGAAAUGAUAUCACGGAAAAACUUUUCGAGCUUUACCCUAAGAAACUUGCUGAUUCUCUGUCUAUCUUGGCGUCGGGGAAGUCUUCUCUAUUGUUUGUUCUUCUCAAACGCACAAAGCUACCGUUGCAGAAUGAGUAGCAUAUGUUACAGUCCCUUCCCUAUCACCUUACUCUUUUCUGAUCAUGCAAUUUGAUCAUCAUGCAUGACCUGAUUCUCUCCGUUAUCAGCGUGAUCACUGGUCAAUUCUAGUUUCUUUGUUUGUUUUUCUUUUGGUCUGUAUCGUUUUGUGCUUGGCUGCUUGCUAAGUUGCUAUUAAUCUCCGUGUACGUGCAUGCUGGCUUUUCAUUCCUCCCACCAUAGUGUACGUAUUGCCUUGCUUGGAGGGCGCUUGUGGACAAUGUUUUAAAUUUUAUCUUUUUGUUUGAAAUAAAUAGGAAGUU